AUGGAGAUAAAACAGGAUUUUGAUAUUGGGCGUCCGUUAGGUAAAGGUAAAUUUGGCAAUGUGUAUCUUGCUCGUUCCAAAGAAAACCAUUAUAUCGUUGCUUUAAAGAUCCUGUUCAAAUCUCAGCUGGUCAAAUCAAACGUUGAACACCAACUUCGCAGAGAAAUAGAAAUACAGGCUCAUUUAAAGCAUCCUCAUAUCCUUCGUAUGUAUAAUUAUUUUUAUGACGAAAAAAGGAUUUACUUGAUUCUUGAAUAUGCCGCAAAAGGUGAGCUUUAUAAGGAGCUCCAAAAAUGUCAACGGUUUCCUGAGGAUCGUGCUGCAAAGUUAAUGUUUCAAAUGGCAGAUGCUCUCGCUUACUGUCACGCGAAGAAAGUUAUUCACAGGGAUAUCAAGCCUGAAAAUUUGCUGCUUGGUCUAAAUGGCGAGUUGAAAAUAGCUGAUUUUGGUUGGUCUGUGCAUGCCCCAUCCUCGAGGCGUGCAACUAUGUGUGGUACGCUUGACUAUCUUCCGCCAGAAAUGAUAGCAGGUGGUGUACACGACGAGAAGGUCGAUUUGUGGUCUCUUGGAGUCCUGUGCUACGAGUUCCUUGUUGGCCGACCACCCUUUGAAAGCAAAACGAGCAAUGAAACCUACCGCCUAAUUACCAGCUGUAAAUACUCUUUCCCCUCACACGUCUCCCAAAAUGCCCGAGAUCUUAUUCAAAGAUUGUUAAGGCGGAUACCCUCAGAGAGGUUGCCAUUGGUAGGAGUGAUAAACCACAUUUGGAUACAAGAGCAUGUUCAGAAGGGCGACCAAGUGCUUGCUCGAGAACCACUGUCUGCCAUUCAACUCCCAAUAUUUGCUGAACAGGAUUUUUGUGCAUCUGAUUAA